AUGUACAUCAGCUCCAUGGGGGUGUCCUUCAUGCAGCAGCUCUAUGGCCAGCAGCAGCAGCACCAUCACGCCACUCCCGACAGGAGCAUGAUCCAUGUGGGUAGUGGCCAUGGGCUCAAGGUGCUCCAAGAGGGAGCCUCUGAUAACCUCGGGUCUGAGAAGAACGUACCUUGCCCGUGUGAUGUUGGUGCACGAGGCACCGAUACAGUUCAAGCGAUGGCUCCGAAGCAUGGAAGAGGAGUGAGCACCUGUGUCGGAGGAAAUCCUAUUGACAGAACCUCAGGUUGUUACACUUUUCAUCUUGUUUGCUGA